AUGCCAUUGGAAGGUUUCAAAAUUCCCGGCAGUUUUCUUAAGAGGAAAAUUGAACAAGAGCAUGUGGAGAGCAACGAUACUGCUUAUCAAGGUGCAGCUCCGAUAAGAAGAACGGAAUUUCCUUCAAGUCGUUUGUUUGGGAAUCUAACCAGAGGAGGUCCAACUUCGGUUCAGAAUCCGAGUCGUGGUGAAGGAGUCCGUUUUGCAUUCAGUAAAACAAAAGAUAGACGUUUUGCUAAUGCCUUGCAAGACGCUUCUCUCGCAAGCACCUCUGAUAGAAGCCACGAUUCGGCAGAGAACCAGAGCGAGUCUAUUAACAAAUACAAGCUGGUCCGGAAAGUGGAAAGGAACUCGAAAUCACCAGCUCGACAGCAGCCUGAA